UCCAGGUGAGCCCCCAUCUCCUGGCCCGGCCUCGCUGCCCGUCUCAGCCAGGAUGCCCACGAGGCGCUGGGCCCCCGGCACCCAGUGCAUCACCAAGUGCGAGCACUCGCGGCCCAAGCCGGGGGAGCUGGCCUUCCGCAAGGGCGACGUGGUCACCAUCCUGGAGGCCUGCGAGAACAAGAGCUGGUACCGCGCCAAGCACCACGCCAGCGGCCAGGAGGGGCUGUUGGCGGCCGGCGCGCUGCGCGAGCGCGAGGCCCUGUCCACCGACCCCAGGCUCAGCCUCAUGCCGUGGUUCCACGGGAAGAUCUCGGGGCCCGAGGCCGUGCGGCAGCUGCAGCCGCCCGAGGACGGGCUGUUCCUGGUGCGCGAGUCGGCGCGGCACCCCGGGGACUACGUGCUGUGCGUGAGCUUCGGCCGUGACGUCAUCCACUACCGGGUGCUGCACCGCGACGGCCGCCUCACCAUCGACGAGAGCGCGUGCUUCUGCAACCUCAUGGACAUGGUGGAGCACUACAGCCGGACCAAGGGCGCCAUCUGCACGAAGCUGGGGAAGCCCCGCCGGAAACAGGGCACGAGGUCGGCCGAGGAGGAGCUGGCCAAGGCCGGCUGGUUGCUGAACCUGCAGCACCUGACGCUGGGAGCGCAGAUCGGAGAGGGGGAGUUCGGAGCCGUCCUGCAGGGCGAGUACCUGGGGCAGAAGGUGGCGGUGAAGAACAUCAGGUGUGACGUCACGGCCCAGGCCUUCCUGGACGAGACGGCGGUGAUGACGAAAAUGAAACACCGGAACCUGGUGCGGCUCCUGGGUGUGAUCCUGCACCAGGGGCUCUACAUCGUCAUGGAGCACCUGAGCAAGGGCAACCUGGUGAACUUCCUGCGCACGCGCGGCCGCGCGCUCGUGAGCACGGCGCAGCUGCUGCAGUUCUCCCUCCACGUGGCCGAGGGCAUGGAGUACCUGGAGACCAAGCGGCUGGUGCACCGCGACCUGGCCGCGCGCAACGUGCUCGUGUCCGAGGACCUGGUGGCCAAGGUCAGCGACUUCGGCCUGGCCAAGGCCGAGAGGAAGGGGCUGGACUCGAGCCGGCUGCCGGUCAAGUGGACGGCGCCCGAGGCGCUCAGGCAGGGGAGGUUCACCAGCAAGUCGGACGUGUGGAGUUUCGGGGUGCUGCUCUGGGAGGUCUUCUCGUAUGGACGAGCUCCGUACCCCAAGAUGUCGCUGAAGGAGGUGUCGGAGGCCGUGGAGAAGGGGUACCGCAUGGAGCCCCCCGACGGCUGCCCGGGCCCCGUGCACGCCCUCAUGGGCAGCUGCUGGGAGGCGGAGCCCGCGCGCCGGCCUCCCUUCCGCAAACUGGCGGAGAAGCUGGCGAGGGAGCUGCGGGCCGCCCCCGCCUCCGCCACCGGCGGGCAGGACCCCGGCCCCUCCAGCGCCCCCCGGAGCCAGGAGCCGUGACCUUUCCCCCGUGGACCCAGGGAGUUGGGGGGCGCGGAGUGGGCUGCGGGCCAGUCCCUGGGCGAGGCAGCUCCCGGACACCCCAGGCUGUGACGCCGAUAAACACCGACUGCGAGGA